AGCCGAUCGGUCAAACUCAAAUGGCUAAUUGCUCAAAAAGAGAACCUCUUUGGCUUUCCUUGGAGGUUUCCAUCGUUUCUCUGCCUCUUUCUCUCUCCACUUAGAUCGGACUAUUAGAUCGAGCUUUGUAGGAUUCUGCGCGUUCCCAUGGCUACAGCUUUGACUACUGACAAAUCUAAGGUUCGAAGGGAAUGGAUUUUAGGUGUUUCAAAUUUUGUCUGCUGGUACAGGCGUUGUUGGUCCAUCCCAUCCAUUCUCUUAUUACUACCAAUGCUCAUUUUAUCUUCUCUAUUCACUUUCUGCGUCGCUUCCCAACCCAUACCUUCUACUGUUUCCCACACUUCCAGUGAUCCGCCGACACCUUCUUUAAAACCAACCCAAUCGCACGUUAACCCUCAAAUUGCUAUUCUCAUCACUGUUUCUAUUGUCUUGCUUCUUGCCUUGUUGUUUGCCAUGGGGUUCUUGUUCAGAUUCCUCGGAUGCGGUAAAUCCUCGGCAACCGCUCAACCUGAUCAAAACAAGGGAAAAGAUUCUGGCGUCGAAGGUGAAGGGUUUGCCAGGAAAUUCGGAUGGGAGGAGAUUAAAGUCGUGACUAAGGAUUUUUCCCGUGUAAUUGGUCAGGGAGGGUUUAGCAAUGUCUACUUGGCUAACUUGUCUGGUUCCAGUCAAGGAGCAGUUAAGAUCCAUGUUGGUAGUGAUCGACUAAACCAAGUGUUCAAACAGGAACUGGAUAUUUUGCUCCGACUCCGUCACGACAACAUCGUUAAGCUUCUUGGUUACUGCGAUGAUCUAGAGGAAGGGGCCAUGGUGUUUGAGUACGUUCCUAAUGGAAACCUACAAGAGAAGCUACACGAAAGGGGAAGGGAAGUACUUCCAUGGAAAACCCGCACGGCCAUAGCUUUCCAACUCGCCCAAGCAAUCGAAUACCUACAUGAAAAAUGCACCCUCCAAAUAGUUCAUGGGGACAUCAAAGCUUCUAAUAUCUUGCUAGACGAGCAUUUUAAUUGCAAGCUCUGCGAUUUCGGGUCAGCAAAGAUGGGUUUUUCUUCCGCGGUGAUGCCGCCGUCGUGUUCCAGGACGAAGCAAGUAAUGAUAGGCUCACCAGGUUACACUGACCCUCAUUACUUGAGAACUGGGUUCGCCUCCAAGAAGAACGAUGUUUACAGCUUGGGUGUUGUUAUUUUGGAACUUGUUACUGGAAUGGAGGCCUUUUGCCCAGAAAAGGGACAGCUAUUAACAUCAAUAGUGGCACCCAGCUUAAGAGACAUUGCUGAGUGUGGGGCGGAGGAGAAAGUGGCAGAAUUGGUGGAUCCACGCCUGGCUGGAGAGUUUGACUUGGAAGAAGCCAAGGCUAUGCUUUCAAUUGCUGCUCUUUGUCUUCACCAGUCUCCCACUGUUAGGCCUUCUGCUUCUCAAAUCAUGCAAACAAUUAAGGAGAAAAUUCCUUCCAUCGACUUCCUAUUCUCACCAGGCAAAGAUUGCCACUAGUAACUAAUUGAUGGAAAGAACCGUGCUGAUUGGGCUUAUUGCUUUGAAAACUGAAAUUGUUAAUACGUAGUUGCAUUUUUUUUUCCGUUUCUUUUCUUGUAAGUAGAUUUGCAAAGUCCAAAAAUCAGGGCGUGUCCUGGACUGUGUGCCCUUAGAUUAUAGAAAGAAAAGAUUCGUGUGGAAAUUCAGCACAUGUAAAUUAAAUCAUCAAAUCUUUAGGACAACGAUUUUACUGUAAAGUGGAAAGUAAAAACACAUUGGACAGGUGCAUUGGAUUUUGAAUGUUUUGC